AUGACACAGAGAGCUCGUCUGCUGGAACUCGCGAAAAAGAUCAGGACAGUAGACAUAGAGGAGAAUAUUGAGGCCGAGUCAGAAGCGUGCGCUGUUUCCCCUCAAAAGCUUUAGUCCCACUCCGAUGAGGGAACCGAUUCCUCCCACCUGGAGACUAAAAAGCAAAUUGAGGAACUUCGCCUUACUUAUGGCAAUGAAUGGUUACAGACCGGUAAUGCCGAGAUGAUGCUGGGAAUCGAAUCGCCGCAGCCUUCUUAACUAGAGCGCGACAAUGCUCGUCAGCUGUUCAAUGAGUUCUUGGGGGAAUUUUCAGGUUCAUCAAGCAUAAUAGUUAAUUCUCAAGCGGAUCCUGAACAUCUCCAAAUUUUCUCUACUCCAGCGAAUAACGUUUUGUUAAAUACAACCUUUGACACCACUCUGACGGAUGCGAACGAUACAAGUGGGCUACAUUUUUAUGAGACCUGCACUGAAGGAGAAGUGACAAACUACGAUAGCAUCGUCAGCACCACAAAGGAAUUGCGGGCGGAGGAGUCACUGCCUGAUAAGCACGAAGAGUUUUUUAGGCUCUUUGCAAAUAGCUCAAGUGCUGUUUACUCGUCCGAUGCCGAAUCUGACAAGGAAACCUUCAUAGUCUAUCAUGAGCAAAAGCCGAGCGAUGUUCUUUUUUUCACCACAUCUUCAACUUUUAUACGUGAAAAGGAUUCGCUAACCGAAAGGACUAAAACCAAAUGGAGUCUAAAAAUACUGGAGUCAUGCGAGCGAGUAAAGUGCAAUACCUUACGAAUAAUAUUCGACACGAUUCGUAAGGAUAAACAGGAGAGAAUCUAUUGUGUUGAGAGUACAUUGUGUCGGGAACUGGAAAAGAAACUGCGAGACAUUCUCUGUCAGCGUGAUCUGAACGAAAUGAACAUUUCCAUUUAUCGCUGUGUUAGUUGUCUAACUCAAUUUACCAUUGAGCAAAAAGGCAAGCGACAUAAAAAAAAGGACUUGAGAUGUCUAGACUAUCGUAGUGCAUAUGUCGCCGAAGUAACUGAGUUGUCUUCCUCUUUGACCAAACAUUUGGAGGAAGUGGUGGCAGAGCACAAACAUUCCCCCCCAGACAUAUUGAUGGAGGAAAUGCUUGUUGAGACAUUUACAGGGUCAACAAAUAAGGAAGAAAGCAAAAGCAUUGGUUCCGGCAAUUCACUAAGCGAGAGCAGCUCUUGCUCGAAAAUUACUAACUCGCAGAGCUCUUUUGACUCUAAUCAGUCCGUUGUGGGUAGCUCUAACACGGAUCGUGAUAUAGAGUUUCGGGCUAACGAAAGUGAUGUGGACAUCAUCUCCAAUCCGAGCCAGUCAAGCAUAGAGGUGAUAGAUCCAAACUACGCACAGAGCACUAGUCGCAAGACCUUAGAAGAGCGCCAUCUGUCACAUCUCGAAACGAUAAGCGAUGAAAAAGGGCAAUCUAAAAGGUUCUUAGAUCGAAAGUUCGAUUUAAUUCAGGCGGAACAGGGUCAGAUUGCAGCUCCUGUAUCAUUAUCUGUGUCCCAAGUUCCGCUCACAGAAGGCAGCUCGUCAGGAUCUAUUACCGACAGCAUUUGUACAACCUACGAGCAGCUGGGCAUUGAUGGGCCAACAAGUCUUUCAAAUUUGCUGCUUUCCGAAUCUUUAAAUAGUCAAAUAAGUAGCUCAAAUACGGACUCAAUAAGCCGUUUAAAAAGAGCUGAUGGAGUCAGCCGUUUACCGUUUGCAGCCGUAUUUCGUUCAACUAAUCUGCUCAUGUCCAGCUCAAAGAAGAUGGUAGACUCUGAAGCUAAUGUCUUGGGUACUCAGCCCUACAAAUUUAACUACAUUGACUUUGAUGAUAUCGAUCACCGUCUAAAACUCUUCUUCUACCAGAGCAAGUUUAAGGAGGAUGGUGAACAUUUUAAGUGGUUGGCAAAGGGACGCGUCUUUAACGAGCAGACCCAGGUCCUGGGAGAAGGACUCGUGGUGAUGUCCAACUGCAAUUGCUUUUUAAUGGAAUCCUUUGCAUUACCCCAAGACGAUGUGGCCAAGUGGCUUCGGCAAGUUGUCAGAGUGUCGGUUAGUCGAUUAAAGGCGGUUGAACUGCUGCCCUGGAAGCUUGGAUUAUCCUUUACCUUAAAGGAUUGGGGCGGAUUUAUGUUGCUGUUGCACGACAUGCUUACGACCGAUAGCUUACUUCUUUUCUUGCGACAUCACCCUCUACCAGAGCAGUGCAAACUUAAUUACAAACCAUCCACCACCCUCAGCAAUCCGUUGCAAACUAUUGCAUCCGAACCAGUUAAAAUGUGCUCCCUGCUUCGUAGCAGCCAAUGGAUUCGUGAACAAGAGAAGAAGAACUUUGAACACUGUCUGCUCCUAAUUACAGAGUCACAUUUGUACAUAUCGGCAAAUUUAAAACUCUCGUGGCUUUCAAACAAAAUUCAGGAUAAAUCCACGCAACCGGAACUUACCCUUAGACAGCCCAUGAGCAACUUAGUAGACGUGGAACGCAUUACGGAUAAAAAAUAUGUGAUGAACUUUAGCGACGAGACCCAAAACAAGUGCGAGAUGUGGCAGUUGCUGUUCGAAACGCAUUACAAUUCCACGUGUUGUCUGAAUGUCAUCGGUAAGACAUGGGAGCAGCUGUUUGGCGUUCCAUUCAGCCUAUCUAAAACUUAGCAGAGCUCAACGCCAAGGAACCAACUAGAACGGAUUACCAUACAUUUCAAUUUAUUGUGCAAAGCUUAGAAUUGUUGAUCUUUGUUGACUACGUUAUUUAAUAUCACAUUAGUUUUCUUAACUUAACCUUCGUAUUUGUGAGUCGUUGGCUAGGUUUUUUUUAGUUAUGCAAAAGUGGUGCUAAAUGUUAGAAAUAAAUAAAUGUUAGAAAGUUGAGAUUAAGAAUACAGACUCAAGAGAUUCUUGCGCAUCGCAAACUUAUUUCAGUAAGGUGCCACGCCAGUUUCUAGCGAGGACAUGGUCAUUAACGUCACAUACAGUAGAUAAAGGUGAAAAGUGUAAAAUGUUGAAAUCGAUGUUUCUUUGCACCUAUUCGAAGAAUUAUUUCUUGGGAGGCUGUCCAUUAAGACGGACUUUGUUUUUUAUGAAAUUUGAAACGUCUUACUGACCCCAUUAUCAAUUUCCUUUUGGUAUUUAGAUAGUAAGUUUCUCGAUCCCUGCUAAAAAAAAAUGUUAUUUGAAGACUUACAGAAAACGUCAAAAAUAAUUGUUAUUUAAUGAUCAAAAAUAUAUGUCUUAAAUAUCUGGGGAUGACACAGAGAGCUCGUCUGCUGGAACUCGGUUGGUUCCUCUCAAAUUCGAGAAUUCAUAUUUUUGGGAAUUCAUGGAUGGCUUAAAAUGGCCAGCAUUAACAGAUUUGUUAACAUGGUCAUUACUGGUUCCACUUUCUCUGAAGAAUUUGCGGUCGCGUUGUGUUGUAGAAUUCAUGUGUAUAAGUAAAAAAAGGCAAUUUUAAGAACAUACAUACGAACAAAUUCCAACCGAAUUCAAACAAAAUCAAGAAAGAGCGCUAUAGUCGAGUACCUCUACUAUCAGAUACCCGUUACUCAGCUAAAGGGACCAAAGGGAAAUGGAGAUAUGCAAGCAGCAAAGCGAGAUUGAAAUGCACCACCUACCGGCGGUAGACAGAUUUAAGCGAAAAAGAUCAGGACAGUAGACAUAGAGGAGAAUAUUGAGGCCGAGUCAGAAGCGUGCGCUAUUUCCCCUCAAAAGCUUCAGUCCGACUCCGAUGAGGGAACCGAUUCCUCCCACCUGGAGACUAAAAAGCAAAUUGAGGAACUUCGCCUUACUUAUGGCAAUGAAUGGUUAAAGACCGGUAGUGCCGAGAUGAUGCUGGGAAUCGAAUCGCCGCAGCCUUCUGAACUAGAGCGCGACAAUGCUCGUCAGCUGUUCAAUGAGUUCUUGGGGGAAUUUUCAGGUUCAUCAAGCAUAAUAGUUAAUUCUCAAGCGGAUCCUGAACAUCUCCAAAUUUUCUCUAAUCCAGCGAAUAACGUUUUGUUAAAUACAACCUUUGACACCACUCUGACUCGGAUGCGAACGAUACAAGUGGGCUACAUUUUUAUGAGACCUGCACUGAAGGAGAAGUGACAAACUACGAUAGCAUCGUCAGCACCACAAAGGAAUUGCGGGCGGAGGAGUCACUGCCUGAUAAGCACGAAGAGUUUUUUAGGCUCUUUGCAAAUAGCUCAAGUGCUGGUCAAAAUGAGAACCUUCCGAAUGAGAAUACGGGUGAAUAGUUUUAACAACUUUGUAAAUCCGCUCUUUAAAGUUUACUCGUCCGAUGCCGAAUCUGACAAGGAAACCUUCAUAGUCUAUCAUGAGCAAAAGCCGAGCGAUGUUCUUUUUUUCACCACAUCUUCAAAUUUUAUACGUGAAAAAGAUUCGCUAACCGAUAGGUGGUCUUGUAAUUUAAUUAAAAGGUAAUUUUAAGUUAAAGGAUCUCUGUCUCUUAUUCUAUUACCGAGUAGGACUAAAACCAAAUGGAGUCUAAAAAUACUGGAGUCAUGCGAGCGAGUAAAGUGCAAUACCUUACGAAUAAUAUUCGACACGAUGCGUAAGGAUAAACAGGAGGGAAUCUAUUGUGUUGAGAGUACAUUGUGUCGGGAACUGGAAAAGAAACUGCGAGACAUUCUCUGUCAGCGUGAUCUGAACGAAAUGAACAUUUCCAUUUAUCGCUGUGUUAGUUGUCUAACUCAAUUUACCAUUGAGCAAAAAGGCAAGCGACAUAAAAAAAAGGGUAUUACGUAGAUCACCUAUUAAGAACACUUUAUUUUACUUUGAAAUUUAAACUUUCUUAGACUUGAGAUGUGCAUAUGUGGCCGAAGUAACUGAGUUGCCUUCCUCUUUGACCAAACAUUUGGAGGAAGUGGUGGCAGAGCACAAACAUUCCCCCCCCAGACAUAUUGAUGGAGGAAACGCUUGUUGAGACAUUUACAGGGUCAACAAAUAAGGAAGAAAGCAAAAGCAUGGGCAAGUCCUUACCCAAUUUCAUUUCUUAACUUAAUUAGUUUCUUUCAAAUUUGUAAAGAUUUUUUCGUUAUUUGCAAGUUUUUGGUUUCUGAUCCAUUUUACCAGUUGUCAGCACAUUUUUUGACAUUUGCUUUGGUGCUUGUUCUAUUUAGUUAAUGUUUGGUGUGGACAUAAUAACUGAACAUUAAUUUCAUUUGUAUUUCUUGUUUAGUUUUUUUUUGCUUGCGAACACAAAUGAAAAAGGGCUAAAUCCAACCUAUCUAACUUAUUGUAUUACAAUCCAUUGUAUUUUUUAGACUUUUUCUCACCCACCCACCGACAAAAACUAAAAUGUUUUGAAGUAAAAAAAAAGAAUACGUUAGUGACAAACUACAGGCUUACAACUGCUAAAAGCACACAAGCGUAGGAGUUGCAUAAUGCAAAAGGAAUUUAGCGCACUAUUAGUGGUUGGUUUAAUGUUAUAUACAUUUUUGUAAAAUUUGUAACUGGUAAAUUAAUUUUCGUAUUUGGACUUAAAUUUUCCCAAUUUAUAUAAGACAAAACUCCGACAAGUAUAUCAAAAUUUAAAGCUUUUUAAGCUUAGAGAGCAAUGCUGCUUCAACUACAAAAAUUAAGUUUACGAGGAAUCCUUAUUCUAGUACAUUGACAUUUUAGGUUCCGGCAAUUUAUUUUCGCACUUUAUAUAAGACAAAACUCCGACAUGUAUAUCCAAAUUCAUAGCUUUUUAAGCUUAAACCCAUUAAAUAAAAUAAAGUUUACGAGAGAUCCUCAUUAUAAUAUAUUGACA